GUCACUCGAACACUGCAAGAGAACCCCUAAACCCCUGCGGCAGCCUCUUCGGUCAUAUUCUUCCCUUCUAUUUCCAUGCCAUGGAUCUCUAAUUCCCCUUCUCCCUCUGCCGCCGCCCGGGCCGUUAGCCGCCGUCGUCGCCCCUUCGCCCGAGCCGUUAAGCAAUCUCCCCCUGUCAUCCAAAAAUUCCUUCCUCCCCCACCUUCUCCAGAACUCUCCUCCGACGCCAAGGUCUCCGCUUUCUGCGCCGCGGUCGCUGAAUUCUCCCGAUGUCGCCCUGCUUCCCCUCUCCCCUCCCCUGGCUCCAGUCCCUCCCGCCGCCACCCCUCAGCCUACAACGCCCUCAUGACAUCCUUCUCCCGCUCCGGCGACGCUGACGAGGUCAUCCGUCUCUUUCGCGAGCUCAUGCUCUGGCACCCCAUCCCCAACGCUCUCUGCUACAACACCCUUAUCAAUUCCCUAGCGGUCGCCAACCGCUACGACCAUGUUGAUAAGUUGUUCGACGAAAUGGUAGCAUCCGGAGUCGCACCCACCACUGCCUCUUACACCAUCCUCUUAAAGUCACGGUCUUUCGAUCCCAAUUUCAUCGAAUAUGCCUACAAGCUCAUUCCUUUGAUGGUUCAGUCCGGCUGCCAGCCGGAUACAUCCUCCUACACGAUGCUCAUAGCAGGGCUCUGCCGUGCAAGGAGAAUGGAUGAGGCUUGGGGCGUCUUGGAUCAAAUGGUGGAGGAUAAGCUGCUUCCCACUGUGCAGUCAUACACUUGUAUUGUUCAGGGGUAUUGCUCGGAAGGUAGGAUCAAGGAGGCCAAAAGGCUAGUCGCCAGGAUGGAGGGAAUCGGUUGCCCACCUGACGUCGUAACUCAUGGCAUCUUGAUAGAAGCCCUUUGUGAGGCUGGGGAAUUCCAUGAGGUGGAGAAGCUUUUGAUGGAAAGUGAGAAGAAAGGCUGGAAGCCGAAUGAGGUGAUUUAUAACAUAUACAUGAAUGGUUUCUGCAAGGCUGGUAAAAUUGAUGAAUCAUUUCGGUUGUUGGAAGUUAUGCUAACAAAUGAGUUGCAUCCUACAAUUGUUACUCUCAAUAUUCUUUUUGAGUGUCUCUGCCGUGAUUCAAAAGUUUGGGAAGCCAAAUGCUUAUUGGAGAGAAGUGCUCAGUUGGGAUGGGAUCCUGAUGUCUUCUUUUACAACUCCUUAAUGAGUAGAUUUUGUAAGAUGAAUGAAUUGGUUUGUGUUCUAAAGCUAUUCAAUGACUUGUUUAAGAAAGGGAUCAAUCCCGACUCUUGCACAUUUACCAUUGUGAUCCGAAGCCUUUGCAAAGCCGGGAUGCUUCGACGAGCUAAAUGUUUAUUCAGCAAUAGCAGUUUUGCUGCCGAUGUUGUAGCCUUCAACACUUUGCUUCAUGAGUUUUACAGGGCACAAGAGUUUAACGAGGUGCGAGCACUUUAUAUAAAGAUGAUCUCUGAAAACAUCAUUCCAAAUAAAUUCACGUAUUGCAUCAUGAUUGAUACUCUUUGUCGAGAAAGACGUUAUAUGGAUGCUAUUGAUUGCUUUCUUAGAUCGUUGAUGAUUGGAUUCUUCCCGGAUCUUGUUAUUCGAUUAAAUAAUUGGUUGGUGAAGGCUGGAAAGCUUAGAGAAAUACUAAACCUUGCUGAAGGACUAUUAUGCAGAGGCUUGGUCAUAGAUGUUUCUGUAUUCAGUGCAUUGAUCAGGGCAUUAUGCAAAGAGGGUUAUUGCAAAAGCAACGAUCUGGACAGAGUUUGUCUAUUACUUGAAAGGAUGUUGGGAAUGAAAUAGCUCAUGUCUUGAUGAUCAUCUUUGGUUAUGGUUUUUCUCAUUGUGUUGAUGUUAGCCAUCAGAAGGUACUUUGUAUGCUUAAUGCAUGCUUUGCUAUCUCUUUCUUAUUCCUUAUUCCUUUUUUUUAGAUGAUUAGUGUCUCUUUUUUGAUA